AGGAUGAGUCGGCCUAUCUCAACCAACGAAAACUGAAAUGACCAUGCCACUCAUGGCCUUCUCGCUUUCCUCCCUCUCCGCCCCUAGCUCCUCUCUUCCUCUUCUGUCUUUCCCUCGCUCUACGCCACUCUUCUCUCUGUCCCCUACUCUCCCAAAACUUCCUUUCACCUUCAAAAUCCACUGCGCCAGCACCAACAAACAACAAGACUCUCAGUCACCAGCGACCUCGAGUUUCGACCCCAAAAGGGGAGUAGCAGUUUACAAGCCCAAGUCUUAUGAAGUGCUCGCCGCUGAUGCUGCCAAUUCUCUCGCUUUUGCUCUCCAGGAUGGAAAAAUCCGCUUGGAAAUUGAUUUCCCGCCCUUGCCUAGCAACAUUUCUUCUUAUAAGGGAUCUUCAGAUGAGUUCAUUGAUGCCAACAUUCAACUUGCGUUGGCUGUUAUCAAGAAGCUCCAAGAGAAGAUGGAAACCAGAGCUUGCAUCGUGUUCCCUGACAAGCCAGAAAAGCGCAGGGCUUCUCAGCUUUUCAAAGCAGCUCUUGACUCGAUUGAUGGCAUAAGCAUAGGUUCACUUGAUGAUCUCCCCAGUGGUGCCGUCACCACAUUUUUCAAGUCAAUAAGAAACACCUUAGAUUUUGAUUUUGAAGAUGAUAAUGAAGGUCGAUGGCAGUCCAAUGAGCCACCAAGCCUUUAUGUAUUUAUUAAUUGUAGCACACGUGAACUUUCUGUUAUAGAGAAGUAUGUGGAAAAAUUUGCCACUUCAACCCCAACACUUUUGUUCAAUCUUGAACUGGAUACAUUGCGUGCUGACUUAGGGCUUCUGGGAUUUCCACCCAAAGCUUUGCACUUCCGAUUUCUAUCUCAGUUCACCCCUGUAUUCUAUAUUCGAAUAAGGGAGUACUCAAAGACAGUAGCAGUAGCACCUUUUAUCGUCAAUUACAGUGGAGCAUUGUUUCGUCAGUACCCUGGUAUUACAUUGAGUGAUAUUGAAAGCCUACGGUUUCAUUUUAUAAUGGUGAACAUAAAUGGGAGAACAAUAGAGCAAGGGUGCAACUACGUCAGUUAAUCAUUAUACUAGGAGCAGAGCUUACAAUCAGCCACCACCACUAACAACAUACAUUAACUGCUAGCCAUCAUUUGACAAAAGCUAACCCAAAUCACAGCUAUUGAACAGAGAAAAGUUGCUCAUAGUUAUGGGGAGUUCAUAGACUAGCCUUUGUACUUAGGGAACAAAAAUAAUCCUUUUGAUUGUCUAGCCUGAUGGUCCUACCAGUAACUGUCGGGCGGUUCUUCUAUUUCAUAGUUGAUCACUGAUUUCAUCAUUAUUAAUAUGUUUCCUAUUACCUCAAUUUAGAUUUUAAUUUUAUUUCUUGUCCAUUGUUUAACUUGUAACAUGUGCAACU